CUUCAGAGGCUGGAGCCUGGCCCUACAGGAGGGAGGUCAUUCACAUGCUCUGUGAGGAGAUAGCCAGGGCCGAUCUGGGGAGGGAGAGUUAUCUGAGAUUGGGCCAGAAGCCUCGGCUCUGUCCCCAUCACUGUGUCUCUUUCAGAUUUCCCUCGAUGAUGUGCUUCUGAGUGCUCUGCUGAGGAAUAAUGGGAAGUCUGCCCAGCAGAAGAAAAUCCCUGCCAAGCCCAAGCUUGAGUCCCUCUGUCCAAGGCCAGGGACCUGUGACCAUGGAAGCAGAGAGAAGCAAGGCCACAGCCGUGGCCCUGGGCAGUUUCCCAGCAGGUGGCCCAGCCGAGCUGUCGCUGAGACUCGGGGAGCCAUUGACCAUCAUCUCUGAGGAUGGAGACUGGUGGAUGGUGCUGUCUGAAGUCUCAGGCAGAGAGUACAACAUCCCCAGCGUCCACGUGGCCAAAGUCUCCCAUGGGUGGCUGUAUGAGGGCCUAAGCAGGGAGAAUGCUGAGGAAAUGCUCUUGUUACCUGGGAACCCUGGAGGGGCCUUCCUCAUCCAGGAGAGCCAGACCAGGAGAGGUGGCUACCCCCACGAGUUACGGGCCCAGGGCGAGGAGAGUAGCACUCUUGUGCGGGAUAUUGAUUUCACGGAGGAUGGUGAACAAGGGACACCUAAGUGA